AGUGUCAGGAGUGAAGUGUUUACUGAGCACGCUGAUAAGGCGGCCCUGCCCGUCCUACUGCCUUAUAUCACGGAACAGCAGCAUGACUGAGGCUGUACCGUAGAAGAAACAUCAGCUGAACCCGACAUUACUGAGAACCCGAACAACUGACAAGUGGAAGAACAUGUGGCUGCCUAUGAUUGGAUUCACAGCCCUGCCCCACCUCGGAGGGCUCUAUGGGGGCUACAUCACACGCAAAGAGGUAAAGACCUGGUACCCAACUCUGCAGAAACCAUCAUGGCGACCACCGAAUGCAGCAUUCCCAAUAGUGUGGACCUGCCUGUAUACUGGCAUGGGAUAUAGCUCCUACCUGGUGUGGAAAGAGCUUGGAGGUUUUACUGAAGAUGCCGUGGUUCCAUUGGGUCUAUAUGGACUACAACUGGCUCUGAACUGGGCCUGGACUCCGAUCUUCUUUGGUGCACACAAACUGAAAUGGGCCCUGGUGGAGAUAGUGCUUCUCACUGGGACUGUCGGAGCCACCAUGGUGUCCUGGUAUUCCAUCAGCCGUACAGCCACCCUGCUCAUGGCGCCCUACCUGUCAUGGCUGUGCCUUGCCACCUCCCUCAACUACUGCAUAUGGAGGGAUAAUUCUGAGGAAAAAGAGGAGUAAAAGGCAGCUCUUUGCAGUUUAAUCAGCUACUUUCAUCUUGAAAAGCAUCUCAAUAAGUGCAUUAGAAUCUUGACAAAUACCGCUCAGAUCUUUUUUUCCUAAAACUACAAAAAUAUAUUUUUGUUUCUGCAGUUUCACCGCUUAGUUUGAGUUUUAGAAGCAAUAUUAAUCAAAGGCCAGUUAAUGUCUGUACACAGUAUAGGUUGCGUUAUAUAGAACCAAAACAGGUAAUUUAGAUAGUUUCAUAGUUUAUCCAUCAGUUUAUGCUUCUCCACAGCACCAGUGCUACCAUCAAAUUACACAAACAUACAACCUCUUUCUGUCAUAGACGAGUAUCUGAUUUCUAAAAGUACAGCCAGAAUAUAUUGGAUGAAGGAUGGAAUCACUGUCAAUACUUUUUCAUGUAAAUAAAUUAACUGCUGUUUGAGUUUUUGCAAUAAAUUUGUGUGUGCUUUCGUAACAUAAAAUUGCAUUUAUGUCUCUUUAAACGAAGAUACUUUUUCUUUUGUACAAUUAUUUUGUAGUUGUUUCUGCCAUGGCAAUAAAAAAAUUUUUCAUU